UCUUUGUUAGCCUCCGUUUUCACUCAAGUAAAGGGCAACUUGCUAAUUCCAGGUGAUUUUUCGAAGGACGACGUUACUAUCAUUCCUCUUGUAUUUUGAAGAAUUCUGUGUGGUUAGGUACGUUUCACGAAACUUUGAAUGGUUUUAAAUCAUCCGAUAGAUUUUCCCCCUUCGAAUGUUCGAUCGGCCUGUUGAAUCGUUCGAAUUUUUUUCAUUUUUCCAGACUUGUGCUUCCGGAACGACUGAUCAAGCCAUCAGUUAGAAGUCUACUGGGUCAGAAUAAACAGUAUUUGGAGAUUCCCUCCAGCUAAGAUCAAUUUUUUACUCAGUAUUUCCAACAAAACCGCCAAGAUUUCGGACCACGAGGACCUCGAAAUGACUAACUCGGCCGACGAGGGCAGCGCGACCAAAAGCCCCGUCGACAUGGCCAAUGAUGCCGAAGGAGUAUGGUCGCCAGAUAUCGAGCAGUCCUUUCAGGAGGCUCUGGCAAUUUACCCUCCUUGUGGGCGGCGAAAAAUUAUUCUCUCUGAUGAAGGCAAAAUGUACGGUGAGUGGCGCAUUCUUGUCUUCGAAUUUGUUUAAUUCGUCAAGCGUCGAUUGUUUGAAUAUUGCUCAACCCGGAAACCUAAACUAUGGUCACUAACGAAGUUGCUUGCUCCUUUCGCAUAACUCACUUACUUUGAAACUAUUUCUAAAAUGAGAAACGGCUGGCUUGUUAAGAAUAGAGAGAAUGUUGACACUACAUACCGCGCUUUCCACGAAGGCAUGGAAUGGGCAGUCGAGUUGUUUAUAUCAACUGAACAACGCGAUCUCUUGUUGUAAUAACUACAUAUUAUUGGCAUUCAGCACUCACAGUUUAACACCGAUCUCUCGUGGCAGCUGUCCAGCUAGAGUUCAUGAAAAUGUUAGCAUACUUGUAGGCUUCUUGGCGGUUUUCGCUGAGCAACUAAAAAUUCAGCUCCAAUGAUAAGAUGUCACGAACGCUAAGCGUACGCAGCUACGCGUGUUCAAUUGUUUGAAAUAUGCUUGCUAUGUAACUCGCAGUUUUACAUUAACCCCUUACCACAGCGGUUGCAUGAUCAGUAUAACUCAUCAGUUUUGCUUAAUUUGUGUUUUGGAAGACCAACUUGUCAAUUUUGUGGGCGAUUAAAAGAAGAAGAUCAUUUUGAUCGCCACAGUUAUUUUGUCUCUCAGAACCGUUGAGAUCUCAGGCAUAGCAUGUGUUUUACAUUGCGUUUGUAACAAAGGAUCACGAAUUAUUUUGUUGGAAUGCAUGUUUAGUUUAUUGAGUUUAAAAGAUGGCGAACAUUAAAUUUAAAAAAACUCAGCUUUUUUCUAACUUUUAUGUGUUGUGGAACAAAGACCUCGUCAUAUUUGUAUCUGAUUAGUAUGCCACAUGGAUAAUAUUAAGCAACUUGAAUAGAAUAUAAUGAAAUGCUAUGCUGAAAAAAUACGCUACACUGAAACUUAAUUUAUGAAAUGUGCUUUGGUAAUGUCACCCACACUUUUCCUUUUCCUGUAAUCUGUAUUAAGUCCUUAAUGCUUUGUUUCCUUCAAAUUCAGUUCAAAAUACAGAUGAAGUUCAUUAUAAUUUUGUAUUUUCUUGGCAAUAUAGUCCUUUCCCCCAGCCACAGUUUAGGCAGUUUUAGUCCUUCAUGGGUGAUAAAGAAAUUUUUGUGCAUUGAAAAAAUAUACUUUUCAAAUUUUAAAGACCAAGAGUUAAAAACAACUGAUUUUGUUCUGUUAUGUUGAAUUUUGAACAAAAUUCACACUUUACUUAAUUAUUAUUUUCAUAAUUAUUGUGCAAUUCAAGGAAAGAUAAUGCCUCUUCAACAAAAGUGUGGGUGGUACAAGUACAUGCAUACUAAGAUCUUACUCCGAAACUGUUUUGGCUGAUAAACCAAGCUAGUAAUUUAGAAAUCACUGAUAAUAUGAGAAAUGGGUGCCAAGUCUCCUAAUAUACAGCUAAUGCUAAAGACUUCUCAAAUAUUGAUUUAAAUUUAAGGCAGUGCGACCACACUAAUUUUCCUUUUAAUUAAGGAUGAGCUAAAGAAACAUUGAUUGAUAAUGAGUCUUCCCUAUGUAAUCUAAAUUAAGCGCCUGUCUUCCUAAAUUGUAGAAUUCAAGUUAGAGCUCUUUUCUGUUUUUGAAUGCAGGCCGUAAUGAGUUGAUUGCUCGAUACAUCAAGCUGAGAACUGGAAAAACAAGAACAAGGAAACAGGUAACUAUUUUAAAUCUAGGAGUUACAAUCAAGAUAGUGUUUUGACUCUCAAAGUGGGGAAUGAAUCUAUUAAUAAGAAUAUUGACAAAUUUCUUAAACUGAAGUUAUAUUUUUCUCUUUGACUUCAACUUGGCUGGUUCACAUCAGUAAUAGUAACUUUUCAAAACGUUUUGCUCCAUCAGCCAGUUUUCCUUUUGCACGCACCUGUAUCUAGUGAUACUGUGAGAAAUUCAGAAGAAGGGGUACCUCUUGCAGCUUGACUGUUCCAUUUUUUUUUGUGGUGCCAAUUAUGAUAUUCUUUUUUGUGGAAAAAAAAAAUUAAUGAAAGCUAUGAUCCCAAAAAGAGGCUUUUUUUUAUCUAGCACCAGACAAAAGUUCUGAUUGGUUCAGGUGGCAAUAUUUUCAAGCUGGGUGCUUACUGGGUGAAGUUGAGAUUUUUCAAAUUUUUUUCUUACAUAGGUUUCCAGUCACAUUCAAGUGUUAGCAAGGAAAAAGGCAAGGGAGAUUCAAGGCAAACUUAAGGUUAGUUACACUGCUUAUUUUUUUUUAUUUGUGUUUGAUAGGUUUCAAGUCACAUUCAGGUGUUAGCGAGGAGAAAACCAAGAGAAGUGCAUGCAAAAAUUAAGGUUUGUACAUAAGUGUAUACUGUAGGUGUAAGAUUAUAACACUUAGAGUAACAAUUACAAAGAAUUACAAGUCAGCAAUUACAGUUGUUGAAAACCAAAAGUCGCUUUCGAGCAUCCUGUUAUAAAGUAACAAAGGACCAGUUGACCUCAGCACCUGAAGUAGAAUAGUACUGUUUGGUUGAAACCUUAGAAUCAAAAUAAAUUGAUUGAUUCCGGAGAUAAAUGGUGUUAUUGUAUUAUUAGCCAUAAUAGUAUUUCACCAUAGGAAAUAACCUCAACCUUUCUAAGCUUUUGUAUUUCAUCUUAUCAUUAUUGUUUUCCUAAUCUCAAACUUUUUUUCAAUGGUAUUUCUAGCUUUCGGAGUUAAUUCCAAGAUUAAUGAUUUUUUUAUCAAUGUCAAAUGUAGGACCAGGCUGCACGAGACAAAGCUCUUCAGACUAUGGCCUCAAUGUCAUCGGCACAAAUUGUGUCAGCCUCUGUACUUCAUAGCAAGGCUCUGGCGGCAGCUGGAAUGCCUGCAUUUAACAAUGAAAGCCAAGGAUACCAAGUAUGUCCAGUACAAUUAUAAUUAAUAGAUAUCUCAAAACUUUUCACACUACAUGUUUCUAAAACUUGUUAUCUGUUGCAUGGUCUUUAAGGUCAUCAGAUAAACCAGCUUAAGUUGAAAAUUUUGAAUUAAUAUUUUUUUUUUCUCAGACUGACCCUUUCAGAAAAGCUAGGUCAAGAUUUAGUUUUUACGAACACUCUGAUUAGAGUGCUCUUUGCUCUCUUAAAUCAAUUAAGGUUACCGGUAUUUGGAAGAUUGAAAAAUUUACUGGGAGUGUUUUCGGGGAACUGGAAGAGGUCUUUCUGAAAUAACUUCAUCCUUUUAAAUCUUAAAGUAGAUUCUUGGGCCAUUCCUUUUUCCAGUCAAAAUAAUGUUUUUUGUUUAUUUUAGCAACAAUACUGGCCAUCUAGCGCAGGGCAGCCAGUGCCAGGCAGUUAUAACAAUGCCUCACAAGCUCCGUAUGGCAGUCCAGGAGUCCAAGCCAGUGUACCUGGUAGUGUUGUGUCCACAGCUUCAGUUGCAAGCCCCACUGGAGCUGUUGUCAGUACUCCUGAAGACAUGGUAAGUUUUCUGUACAAUGAUUUUAAUAGGAUGGACUGAGAUUUAAGGAUGUCUGUUGAUUGUUGAUUGCCAGGUUAAAGGUAAAACAUGAAAUUUUUUAAGAGCCGAGUGAGAGCAAGAUGAAGGUUACAUCCUUUACUAUCAACCCUUUACAUCCUCACAGCAGUAUAUGUGUUUUCCAUACUUUUAUCUGGACAUUUCCUAUGGUAGUUACAAAGGGAAUUUGUUCAACAAUUAGGAGCUUCUUGAGUUCAUAGUCAUUUCCUUUACUCUCAUGAAUUAAAUGUUUGGUUCAGAGGUGAUACUGUCCAGACAAGUUACAUGCUUUUCACCCUGUAAGAGUAGGAUAAUUUAAGAUUCUAUUCUUUCAUUUUACUUUCCCAUUCCAUCCAGUACAUUAAGAGUGGGAUUUGAUUGUCUUUUUUUUUUUUAUUUUUUUUUUUGCAGAGGAGUGUCACACACAGCAGAGGAACUGUAUCCUCUACACCACCAACUUUUGCUGCACAUGGCAGCUCAACAUGGCCUCAGAGAUCUGUUGAACAGCAGCUAGUAAGUGCACCUCUUACUACUGCAGCAGUGUUGUCUAAAGGUCGAUUUACACUUUUAUUAUAAGCAAUAUUGGCCAAUUACUAUAAGUAUAUUAUAAAUGGUAGAUAUCCAAAUAAUAGGCUUAAUAUUCUUUGCUGUCCACCUCAGAGCAACUCACUCAGGAAUUAUCCCCAAAAAUAAUCAACUCAUUACAGAAAUAAAUGAGUUGAAAUCAUAUUUUUGUGCCAUAUUACCUGUCUGUUUUAGUGUAUACGAAAACAGCAGUUUAUCACAGUGUUGGUGGCUAGCUUGGUAAAUAUUCAUCACCAAACACCUCCACUUUGGUGAAUAGUUAUUAACUAUUACUAUUUGGAUUUGACUUUCUGGGUCUUUCACAUCAUUUUUAUAUUUUGAUAUUCAAACGUUACAUGUUAUGAAAACCCUUAAUAACUAAACAUCAUUAUGCACACUUUCCAUACUGUUCUCUAUACAUUCCAACUAGCACUGACCAGGUGAACUCAUUCAACAAUCAGGAACUGCUUGAGUUGUGGAUCAUUUCCUUUAUUUUCAUGUUCUGAGCGUUUGACUCAUUAAUGAUACUGUAAAGGGAAUAUAGAUACUUGUAUUAGUCACCAGUGAGAAAAAGAGGGAGAACCUUUUAGCUCCUCUAACUUUGUGACUUUCAUGAUUUUAGUUAACUUAAUUUUGUUUGAUUUUAGCCCCUGCGGCUGGUGGACUUCUCAGCAUUUCUCGAACAACAGCGAAUGGAACCUGAGUCGGUAAUUAGAAUCUCCACCAGACACAUGUUAAGCUAUUAAUUGCAAAUUUAAGAUAUACACACAGCCCGUAGUGUGUUGCAUUGGAUAGACUGCAGUGUCUUUUACAAGUUAACAGCUACACAUACGUCAAAAUCCUAAGUAACUGAAGAAAUGUCCAGUAAGCAAGAUAAUGUGGCAGUGGAAACAAACAAAACAGCUUUCAAACAUUGAAGUUUUGAACAAGUGUCAAGCUUGAAUUUUAAACUAAAUUCCUCUUCAUUCCUUUCCUUUAGUACCACAAGCAUUUGUUUGUUCACUUAGGACCAAACACAGAUCUUGGUGACCCUCACCUGGAGGUAAAGCAUUUAAUUAGAAUGCAUGGAUUGAAUACAAUUUUAUUGGUUGUUAUUAUACUGUGGAAUCUCAAUUAUCCAGACUCAGGGGGACUGGGCUGAAUAAUGUGCAUAAAUGAAAUGGCCCCAAAAUAAAACUGAAUACAUAUAUUAAACCAAUGUCAUACAAGAAUGAAAGUACAUUCUCAAAUAACUGUGCAUCAUUGCCAAUACUUGUUAAAGUAUUUACAAAUCAUUUUACAAGGACUACAUUUUAUGACCUAGAAUGCUUACAUGUGCACCUUGCUAAUUCUUCAACUCUUUGAAGCUGCAUUAUUGAAAUUGUUUCAGUGCAUCUGCUUGGUUUGAUGGGAAAGAGUUGUUACAGAUCUCAUUUGUGAAUGAUUGACUUUCAUGAAAAAAUAGGACCAGAGAGGCAAGUCGGGAUAAUUGAGAUUCCACUGUAGUGGAUUGCCAACAAUUUCUAAAAUUAUGAACUCUUAAUUAGGGCUUGUUUGCACAAAAAUAUCUGUGGAUGUGUGACCAAGCAGCUUUAUCAUGCAGUUUGUCUCAGCGGGGUAGUGAAAAAAUUUCAACAAGUGGUAACAUCACUAUUUUUUUCUUCUUUUGUUGAACUGAAGGCGGUCGACAUUCGCCAGAUUUAUGACAAGUUUCCUGAGAAGAAAGGAGGCCUUAAAGAGCUUUAUGACAAGGGACCCCAAGCAGUAUUUUUCUUGGUGAAAUUUUGGGUAGGCAGGACUGUCAGGACUUUCUGUGUUAUGAAGUAUAAUUCUGAUGUUCCUUUGGUUGUUAGUUUUGGUUAUAGACACACUUCUUGUUAACCCUCCAACCCUGAGGGUGACCAACAUCUAAUUUCUCUUUACAGUAAUACUGCUGAAUUAUUCUUUAACCCUUUAACUCCUAGAUCAAGUUUGUUAUUCUCCUUACUGUCAACCAUACAAUUCUUCAGAGAAUUUAGUAUUGGAUCAGCUAAUUAUCCCCAAAUUGAUUUUUUUCAAUUCUCAUCACUAAUCUGGUUCACAUGUUAUUGAUAUAGUAAGGAGAAAUUCUGUCUUGGUCACUCAUGGGAGUUAAAGGGUUAUUAAGAUCAUGAGAAUAAACAAAAGGAUUACCAACUUGAGAAGCUUUGAUCAUAAAAUGAAUUCUCCUUGUUUGUAGCAGGAAAAUGUAUAGAGGAGAGUAUGAAGAAUAUCGUUACUGAUUUUAGGGUGUAAAUUAAGGGUUUUUCUGAUUUUCCUUCCUAGGCUGAUCUGAAUACAAACAUACAUGAUGAAGCUGGAGCAUUUUAUGGUGUUUCAAGCACGUGAGUGUCUUAUUUUUAAAUUACAGUACAAUCAGUUUAUUGGAUAAGUUUUUACACUCACUGAACUACCCAUAUUACUGUUUCAAAUGAAGUUUGGCCAUAGGUUAUUUGGUUUAUACUUCAUUAUAUGCAAGAAAUUGUACAUAACCCUGUAAAGUGCCUGAAUUCCUUUCCUUAAAAUAUAAUGUGUGUGGGAAAUUAUUUAUAAAAGUAAUCCAUAGAAAUCCUUACAAAUUUAUGGGGAUAAAGUUACACUGCCACUUGUCACUUAGCCACUUAUUUGAACUUGACAGUUAAUUAAGGUAAAUUGUCACUAAUGAAAAGCCUUUGCUUUUAUUCUAGUUAUGAGUCAAACGAAAAUAUGACCAUCACAUGUUCCACAAAAGUUUGUUCAUUUGGCAAGCAAGUUGUGGAGAAAGUGGAGGUGAGACAAAAUGCAAAAAAUAAUCAAUGAUCAAUUAAUCAAAGCCUACUGAUCUUGCAAGUUAGAAAUUACAAUUAGUGGUGAGAGUAUUGGUGACUGAUUUAGCCCAUUCAUGUAGAUAUUGUGCUGAGUUUCUCUUGGCAUUUCAGAGACCCAUCAUACUAGUAAACAGAUGUUUUGGAUGGCGACCCCAUCUUUCCUCUUUUUUAGUUACAUAUAUGUACUUUGGGUAUAGCAACCAAAAUUGAGCUGUGUAUACAUGUACUUUCUAACAUGAAUGUGGACUUUUUUUUCCUCUUUUCUUUCAGACUGAAUUUGGCCACUUCGAAAACAGUCGGUUUGUUUACCGUAUUCACAGGUCCCCAAUGUGCGAAUACAUGAUCAAUUUUGUUCACAAACUUAAACAGUUGCCCGAAAAGUACAUGAUGAACAGUGUGUUGGAGAACUUCACGAUUCUUCAAGUAAGUUAAAGUGUCACAAGGGAACUGAUGUCAGUGGGCUUAAGUGAAUAUAUACUUUGUACAACUUUUCAUACCACAACAAUGAAAUUGUCUGUAGUACCUCUGUAGUGUAAGUGGCAAGAUUGUGCUAUAUUGCAUGUUGUCAAUUGUGGCAAGUAAGCAUUCCACUUUAGUUCUCAGGCUCUUUCCAAGCCAGUACAGUCUUUUUGUAUUGUCCAACUUGUUUAGUUGAGUGGACAGGCUGAGUUUGCAGUUACUGUGGUGAAUGUGAGGAUGCAAAUUUGAAACAAAACCAAAACUUUUAACCUUUUUGACCCCUAAGAUUGCCACGCAUCUAUUUUCUCCUUACAUUAUUAUUCCUGAAUCACAUAAAGAUCAUAAGAAUAAGGGAAAUGAUUACUAACUAAUAAAGCACUAGGUAAUUAAUCAAAUUCUGCUUGCUAGAAUAUGCAUACUGAUGUUAAGGUGUAAACUCUUUACACCUUAACAUCAGUAUGCAUAUUCUCUCUGUUCUCUACACAUGUCUUGGUUCCGAAAAGGAGAAUUUGUUUAACAAUCAAGAGCUUCUUUAGUUGUAGAUCAUGUCCCAUGUUCUCAUGACCUUCAUGUUUUAUUCAGGGGUGAUCUUGGAAGGAGAAAUUUCAUGCCAGUCACUCUUAGGGAUUAAAGGGUAAAGGUAAUCAACAAAUGGCUGUCAGGAUAAAGCCCUUAUAGCCAACUUGCUAAUUUUUUAGACUUGCUGAUAGGGUGUUGGUAAGCUGCUAACAAUUCAGCCAUAUUUUAUUUAUUUAUCAUUCAUUUGUAGGUAUUAUCAAACAGGGAGACACAAGAAACCUUACUCUGCCUUGCCUAUGUGUUUGAAGUAUCAACUAGUGAACAUGGAGCUCAGCAUCAUAUUUACCGACUAGUUAAAGACUAAAAAAUAUUAUAUUAAAAGUAACUGCUUUCUAGAACAUGUAUAUGUAUAUCUUUUUCCUUUGUAAAAUUUAUUCUUUCAAUUUCUUUAUAUUAAAUAACUUGUAUUAUGUAAAUGAAAGAAAACAUCAGCCAUUUGGAGGACUAAAACUAUCCAUGCAAGAUAAGGAAAAUUGUUUUAAAGCACAUUGAUAAUGCUUUGGGUUGUGAUAUUGCAUUUUGCUGUGAGUUAUAGGAGCUAGAAAUUAUUAAUUUUAAUCAAGACAUUUGAGAUGACUGUCAGCUUUACUCCAAUUGUAAGUUCCAGCCAUCAAAAAUCUUUUAUAUUCUCCAACUGACACCCAUUGUUGUUCUUCCUUGUGCUUACUAUCUUUCUUCUUGACAGUGCAGUGAGAAUGUGAGGAGAAAUUACUUAUUGUUUACUCCAAGGAGUGAAAGAGUUAUCUGAAGCUGGCAAUGAAUCCAGAUUGUGAGAAAGAUAUGAGAAAAUUUUUUUUUCUAGUCAGUUUUCCAAUUUUUUUUUCUUCACCUCUUCUUCUAAAUUGCUAAAAAUUAGCUUACAUGUUCUCCUAGCUGUUCACUGAUUGAAUGUUAAUUUGCUGGGAAUUGUUGAAGUUAAGUUUUGCAGCUGUAGUCGCUGGCUGAAUGUCUUUUUUUUCCCUGUUUUUGUGGAUGCUAAACUGCACCAUAGUGGUGAAUUUCUUUGUACUAAGGGGGUUUGUAAUUACUUAUAAAUGUUCUGACAUUUAAAGACUGUUACUAGUGUACUCAUUCAAACGAUGUAGGCUAUUAAUCUCUUUUUCUAGUUAGUAUUUUCGAACUAGACAUUUUUACAUGUGUAUCUAAAGCAGUACAGCUUAACUGUACUGAGCAUAAAAUUGCUUCAAGUUGUGGAGCUUAAGUACCAGGGGAGUUUUCAAGUGUAAAGUGGUACAUAUUUUCACUUAAUUUCUUAUCUCUCUACAUUCAUGUUAAUAGAAAUGUCCAAUACACUUCUUGUUCUGUUCUUAGAACAUUUAUUAGGCAAACACUUAGCACACAUCAAACAUAAGUAAGAAAGCAAAACUUUUCACAAGUGAUCUUAAUUGUCAUGUGAACUAGGUAUGUGAGCACACUGUCUAAUGAAUAUCAUUCUUAGAAAAAAAAGAAAACCUGUUUUAUUCUAAUUUUUAACUUAGGUGUUUCUGGUAUAAAAACUUCUGUGUUGCUAGGGAAGAAAAACUGGCAACUGGCUUAGAAAAUUCCUUGAGAGGUGCACCAUAUUUUUGUACUGUGGUGAUAGAGGAAAUUCUUUAAAAAUGGUAUAUGUUUCCAAACAAAGCAAAAAUAUUAUUAUAUAGAUAAACUAAAGUAGUUUAGAGGCAGUUUUCAGUAAUUAUGCUUGGAUCAGUUUUGUUGUUAUUGUCAACAAAUUUAUGUAUUAUAGGGUACUAUACAGCUUAAAUAUAUAUAUUGGACAUUAAAAGAUUCUUUCAAGAAGCUUUUUCAUUCCAUGUGUUUUUAUGGUGUUCAAACAGAAGAUAUGCUGUUUAUACCAUGUAGACUUACCACAGCCUUCAUUGCUAAAAGAAAGUCAGAGCUUCUGUAGUUAUUAAAAUUUAUUAUGACAAUCAUUAUUUUUAUUCUUAUUACAACAUGGAUAACACACAAAAAGAGGACAGAAAUUACAAAAAGGAG